AUGGCCGCCGCUCCCCUCCGCCUCCUCCGCCUCCUCCUCCUCCUCCUCAGCGCCGCCGCCUCCCUUGAGGCUAAGGUUCUCCAGCUAACCAUGCUCUGUUUCUGUCAGGACAGUAGUGAGGCAGCAGAUGGAGCUGGCCUGUGGGAUGAAGAAGUCACCAAGUGGUGGGGAGAGUGGAGCUCUUGGUCCACCUGCUCGCGGUCCUGCGGGGGAGGCGUGACAUCCCGGGAGAGGCACUGCUUGCGGCAGAGGCUCCAGAUGCCCCAGGGAGCAAACAGCACCAUGUGUGUUGGUCAAGCCAAGCACUACCAACUGUGCCAGCAGCAGCCCUGCCCAGCCAACACAGCAAGCUUCAAACAGCAGCAGUGCUCCACUUUCAAUGCCAAAGCCUUUGGGAAGCGCUACUACCACUGGAUGCCUCUCUAUCCAGAUGACUUCACCAGUAUCUCCAACAAGCCCUGUGACCUCCAAUGCACCACCCAGAGUGGAGAGAGGCAGCUGAUGGCCCAAGCACAGGAUGGUACCUCCUGCAAGGACAGGACAUAUCAGGGGGUCUGCAUCAAUGGGAAGUGUGAGCCGGUGGGGUGCGAUGGGAGCCUGUACUCGCCCCGGACGAUGGACAGAUGCAGGCUGUGUGGAGGGGACGGCAGCACUUGCCACCGUGUCUCAGGCAGCUUCCGAAAGGCAGUCUCACAGAUAGGUUACGUUUUCAUCACCAACAUCCCCGCCGGUGCCACAGACAUCCUCAUCAUCGAGCGCAGGAAAACAGAGAACAUCCUAGCACUUGCAGACGAAUCCGGCCAUUUCUUCUUCAACGGCAACUCCGCCAUCGACAACCCCCAGAACUUCAGGGUAGCUGGCACCAUCUUCAAGUACCGGCGGCCCUCCAGCCUGCACUCAGAUGGGCUGGAGUACAUCAUAGCUCACGGGCCCACCAACCAGUCUCUGAACGCCAUGUACUAUAAUUUCAAUGGCAAAAUGCCACACGUAACUUAUGACUACACGGUGCCACGGACACCACCCCUGCAAACUGCAGCCCCUGCCGUAGACAGCCCUCUCUAUCAUCACCUACCAGCGACCAGCCAGAACCAUCCUGUUCCAGCCAACUCCAGAGCUGCCCAGGACUUCAACACCACAUGGCUCUCCCUGUUGCCAGAUGACACCAGUGAACAGCUUCCUUUAAGAGAGGGGGAUGAAGAUUUAGGCUUCAGCCACCCACAUUUCUUCCAAACUAACUCCAGCAGUCAGACUCAGGACUGGGGCUGGAGACAAGGUGAAGAGAAGAAGUAUGACUUCCAGAUAAGGCAGGUCUACCAUGAAAAUGCAGCAGGAGAGGAAGAGGACCAGGAAGCAGCAGCAGUUGAUGGAGAAACAGAGUUGGCUCUCAGGUUCAAUCAAAUCUCCAUCAGCACAGCUGUACCCUACAGCCUGAGGAGGCCUGAGCUGUCAGAGAGCGGCCGCACGGCAUCUUCCAGGCUUCGUCUUUUCAGGAGGCUGUGUCACCCAGACCCACCUCAUGCUGCCUUCUGUAAGGACCUGCAGCCCCUGGCAGCCAGGCUGCUCCCCAGGACCUCCACAGCAGGACCACGGACACAGACGGCUGCCCGGUGGCCACAGGGCCUCCACAAAGCGCCGGCCCGUAAGAAUUCACUGGAGGACUUGAAGGUUGAGGCAUUUGCUGGGAGUGAGGGGAAAGCAGCCAACUACAGCAUGAUGGCAUCUGUGGAGAGCCCUCUGCUAGGUGCCAGCCCAACCACGGACAUCACCCAGGCAGAGCCUCUGCAAGCCCCUGGCACUGAAAGCAACGAGUUUGAUGUGAGCCCCGUGGGUCACGAUGACAUCAGCUUGGCUGACAUGUACCGGUGGAAAGUCUCAGCUUAUGCUCCCUGUAGCUCCACCUGCACUUCAGGUAUCAGCACCUCCUAUGCCAUGUGUGUCCGGUACGAUGGAGUGGAAGUGGAUGAAACAUACUGUGAUGCCCUGACCCGACCAGAACCUACUCAUGAGUUUUGCACAGGGAGAGACUGCCAGCCCAGGUGGGAGACCAGCCGGUGGAGCGAAUGCUCCAGGACCUGUGGUGAGGGCUAUCAGUACCGCACCGUGCGCUGCUGGAAGAUGCUGGCUCCAGGCUUUGACAGCUCUGUUUAUGAUGACCUCUGUCAGUCAGCUGGGCUGGCCAGGCCUAUGGAGAGGAAAGCCUGCAAGAACAAGGCCUGUGGGCCCCAGUGGGAGCUCUCUGAGUGGUCUGAGUGCUCGGCGCGGUGCGGCACGCAGGGGACGAUGAAGCGCGCCGUGCGCUGCUCGGUGGACGCGCCGCUGUGUGACGAGUCCCAGAAGCCCAGCGGCGAGAAGGCGUGUGCUGGCCCGCCCUGCGACCGCCGAUGGACCGCCUCCGAGUGGGGCCCGUGCUCAGGUUCGUGUGGUGAGGGACGCAUGAGCCGCUUCAUCACGUGUCGCAACCUGGAGGGCCAGGUGAUCUCCAGCUCGCAGUGUGACCCAGCCACCAAGCCCCUGGCCAUCCAUCCCUGCGGAGACAAGAACUGCCCUGCUCACUGGGUGGAGCAGGAGUGGGACCAGUGUGACGCGAGCUGCGGCCGCGGGGUGAAGAUGCGGGUGGUGCUGUGCGCGGGGCUGGAGGGCGGCCUGUACAAGGAGUACCCUGAGGAGCGCUGCGGAGCCUCUCACAAACCUGAGGAACGGGCUGCCUGUUUCAGGAGGCCGUGCUCAACGUGGUUCACCACUUCCUGGUCUCAGUGCAGCAAGACGUGUGGUGCUGGCGUGAGGCUGCGCGAGGUGAAGUGCUACCAGGGGGAAGCGCUGGCUCAGGGCUGUGACCCCACUUCCAAACCAGAAGCCAGGCAGACGUGCCAACUCCAGCCGUGCCCCACGGAGGCACCAGAAGAUGACUGUGAAGACAAAGCGACGGCCAACUGUGUGCUGGUGCUGAAGGUGAAGCUGUGCUCUCACUGGUACUACAGGAAGGCUUGCUGCAGGUCCUGUCGGCUCAGGUCCCCCUGA